GCUUCACUCUGCUAGGUAACUGGUGGCCACGUGACUCUAUGAGCCAAUCAGCGACGCCAUCCACUAAGUAUUAUGGAUCACAUAUGUCCGCUGGUAGAACUAGGCCAAGAGAGAUCCAGUCUGUAUCUCAGAGGUGCAUGUAGAUAAUACAAUAAAUUAUGAACUACAACAAGAAGCAAGACUGAGUCAUGUCCGAUUCUGAGAACCAAAGUGCAGCCCUGGGCCUAGCGGCUGUUACCAAGAUGGAGCAGCUUCUUAGUAACAAAGGGGAUGAUGAUAUACUCAAAGAAUUGUGUGUUGCGAAUGGAAUUAAGUAUAGUAAGCUAGGGAAUGGUGGCGGAGACCAGGUGGACCUCCUGGAGAUCUUUUUCUCUGGCUACCCUCGAAUGUUGGGUCUCAAGUUCUUCCCGAACGUGACCACCCUCAUCAUCAUGGGGCAGGAAAUCAGCCAGGUGGAUGGCCUGCAGUACUCCUCCAAGCUGGAAGAACUCUGGGUGUCAGAGUGCAAGCUCACUAAAAUUGGUGACUUGAAAGGAUGUCUAAGGCUGAAGAAAUUGUAUCUCUACUCGAAUCAACUGGAGCGCAUCGAGAACCUCUCACAUCUCAAACACCUACAAGUCCUCUGGCUCAAUCAUAACAACAUAGCAAAUAUUGAGGGAUUAAAUGGUCUGUCUGCUCUCUCAGAACUGAAUCUGGCUGAUAACAAGAUUGAAAAGAUUGGUCAUUCUAUAGAUAAUCAUGGCAAGCUUGAGAAUCUCAACCUUUCAGGAAAUAACAUCUGCUCCUUUAAGGACAUCACCCAUCUAGUGAGGUUACCACGGUUAAAGAUUCUUGGUCUGAAGGACCCCCUGUACGCACCCAACCCUGUGUGUUACCUGUGUAACUACUCCACCCAUGUGCUCUAUCACCUACCCUGGCUGGAGAGACUGGACACCUACGCUGUCUGCAACAAGAGCCUCAGGGAAAUGGCAGAGGCCACAGUAAUGAAGAAGAAGAUGUACUACAACAUGCGAGUGAAGACCAUGAAGAGAAAGAUGUCGGACAUCUUGCGUCAGCUGUGCAAGGAGAAACGCUCUCUGACCAGGGGAACGAAGGAUAGACUCAAAGCUCUCAGCUUUGCCAUCAAAGAGUUUGAGCGGGAGCUAGAAAGCAAAGCCAGUGGUGGACGGAUAGUGAGUCGACCGGUAGAAGACGAUGUAGGGAGCGGAACAGAGAGUGACAUAGAGGAGGACAGCAGUAGUCUAGAGACAAAGAGAAGAGCCAAGCUGGCCCUCAUGCAGAAGAGAUACGAGAAAUGCUGUCUGAUCUUUGAAGAUGUGGAGAAGUAUCAUACUGAAGCCAUCUUGAAGGUCAAGCAUGCGACCGCUGGAGCCACCCAGAGACUGGUCACUGAGCUGGAGACUGGAGGCAAUGUUAGAUUUGAAGAUGGUUCUGCAUCGGACAUCUGGUUCACAUCGUGUCACGACCUGAUCCUGUCACGCUUCUGUUCGUCCGACUACCAAGCCCAUGGCAUCACAGGGUUGAAGAUCCACAGGAUUACCAGGAUACACAACCGUAUGCUGAGAUACAGGUUCGAUACCUGUCUUGCUACAUUCUCUGAGGAAGAUGACACCCCUACUCUCGCAAGGCCCCAAAGUGUGAAGAAGCUCCAGGAGUACCUGUUCUUUGUCUGGGACCCUGAACUACCCGGAGGAGAGAACCAACCCAUGAAGGUGCUGGAGGAUGGUCCUAUGGAUCAAGAAACCUACAGGCAACUGGGGCGAGAUGGAGCAGUGCCGUUGUCCAACAGCCUCAGCUUGUCCGAGAAGCCUCGCAUCCAAUACCUAACCACCAAGUCUAGGACUGACCCCACGGCCCAUGACCCUUGUCCUUUCAGACAUGGUCAGCUGGUGGUAUGCAAGGUGUACCUGGGGAAAAGCUUACCUGCCCUGGAUAUCUCUACAGGGGUCCACCAGAAGUUCUACCCCAACUGUGAUUCAGUGUUCAGACCAAAGUGUUUCACUGGUGGUACACAGAAAGAAUCUGCGUGUGAAUGCUCCUCCAGGCAGUGUGAAUGGUUUGUCUUCAACCACGAGCUCGUCCUACCGGAGUAUGUCAUCGACUUUGAGUAUGUUACAAGGCUUCCAUCACCCAGUCCUUUCAUGAAUGUGAUGGAUUUAAAGCAAGCAAAGAAACCUGCUGCUUUCAGUGUAGACCCACAUGCUGAUGAUGAUAUCUUGCUGAUGGGACCUGUCUCCCAGCCCAGACCGAGGCUUUCCAUGCUCACUGAAGAGCUGCUCCUGAAAGCCACUAAAGCAUCCUCUCUGGCCUCCAUCACAGUACUCAAUCUCCAUGGUAACGGACUGACCAAGCUCAAGCAUCUCAACUCCAUGACGGCUCUUCAACGUCUGAUCGUCAGUUUCAAUGAACUCAGCAGAUUAGAAGAUGUUGCUCAUAUGGCAAAUCUUGAGUAUCUGGACGCAAGCUUCAAUAAGAUCUACACACUAGAUGGGAUGAAGGCUUUAGGUAAACUGAAGACACUAGACUUGAGCUGGAAUGAGAUGACAAACACAAGAGAUGAUCUGUCCAUUCUGAGGAAGCACUCACCAAAUCUCACGUGUCUUGAUCUCAGGCACAACAAUUGGCAGAAGCCUGAAGGUCUACGUCUUAGAACCAUUGGCCGGCUCAAAUCCCUGACAACCCUCAAUGGCCAGGCAGUGACCGAGGCUGAGGCCACCGCUGCCCUGCGUAUGGCAGCAGGGUCAAGGAUAUCACAGGUCUCCCUGCUAGCGCACACCAGGACGGAUGAAUGCAGGCCACGCAGUCUUAGUCUGGUGUCCUGCGCACAGCUUCUCACCAAUGUCAGCAGGAAUAAACCUGACAGGCAGAGCGAGAGCGACAGUGAGUGGUACAACAAGGUAACUACCUUGAAUUUGGAUAGCCAGCACAUCAGCAAGUUGUCCAAUCUGGAGAGGCUGGUCAAUCUUCGGUGGGCGUCCUUCAAUGACAAUGACCUGACCAAGAUAGAGGGUCUGGAGAACUGUGGACAGAUAGAGGAGCUCUCCCUUGAAGACAACUGUAUCUACAGGAUAGAAGGUAUCUCUCACUUGAGCAAGCUGCACACCCUGAACCUGGGCACCAACAACCUGAGUACCCUGGAGAAUGCAGGACUGGACAAACUGGUCCAUCUACAGUGCCUGUCCGUAGAGGACAAUCGCAUCUCAACCCUGGCAGGGCUGGACAAGGUCACCUCCCUGCUGGAGCUCUAUGUGGGCAAUAACAACAUACGCAACAUCAGGGAGGUCUUUCAUCUCAAGCCCUUGCCAAACUUUGUGAUCCUGGAUAUGUGUGGCAAUCCAGUGGCUAAGGAAUCGGACAACUAUCGUCUCUUCGUGGUCUAUCAUCUCAAGUCACUCAAGGCCCUAGAUGGUUCUGCUGUGGAAUCAACAGAAGGCGGUACAGCUAGGGACACCUUUGGAGGUCGACUGAACCAGGACUUUGUUGCAGAGAAGCUUGGACACUCCAACUUCCAUGAGAUCAGAGAGCUAGACUUCCCUCAAAGUGGGAUCAGACAAGUGGAUCUAGGAUCCGGAGAGCACUUCAUCAAUCUACGCAGUGUGAACUUGGAGCAUAACAACCUGACAUCUUUCAGUGGUCUUAUCUAUCUAGUCAAUCUCAGGGUGCUGUGUCUGAAUCACAAUCACGUAGAGACGAUCCUCCAGAGACCCAAGGCAUCUAAAGGCAGUAAGGUUGACAAGGAAGAUCACCUUGAUCAUCACUUCAUGCCGGGUACUCUGACACCCAUCCUGGACAACCUAGAAGUGCUCCAUCUUGGAUAUAAUGGAAUCAGUGACCUGAACAAGCUGGAGAUGUCUCGGCUCCCCUCCCUCAAGGCUCUCUUCCUCCAGGGCAACGAUAUCAGCAAGGUGGAGGGCAUGGACGGGCUCCAGGACCUCAGGGAGCUGGUCCUGGACCGCAACAAGAUCAAGAGCGUAGGAGAGGUCUCCUUCAUCAACCAGUGGAACCUUGUGGAGCUCCACUUGGAGGAGAACAGGCUCCGGGAUCUCUCCCAUCUCCAUUACUUGGAGAACCUCCAGAGGCUCUAUGUGGGAAGCAACAGGAUCCAGGACAUGUCUGAGCUAGAGAAAUUGGAUCGUCUACCAAACCUGAUUGAACUUUCUGUCAUCAGUAAUCCAGUUUCAAGACGACUAAUGCAUCGCCCAAUGCUGGUCUAUCGACAGCCAAACCUGCUGUGUAUCGAUGGUAUACCUGUGACACAAGAAGAGAGAACCAAAGCUGAACUCUACUUCAUGGAACAACAGCCAUCGAGCAUGAUGACAACUGAAACCACUCUCCCUGGCAUCUCAUCGUACAAGGGUCACCCAGCACCGGUCAAGAUCACCAACGUCCAGCUUCAAGGAGGGUCAUCGGGCGGCCAUGGCUGGAGUACACAGGUCCAGUACACAGCAGGAGACGAUGCAACAUUGCCAUCAGAUCCUCAUAGAGCAGCUCCUAAUCGCAGACAGCGUAGCUACGGGAAGAAUGAUGUGCAGUCAUCCCCGAGCAACACGGGAGCCAGGAUGCAAUAUUCCAAUGCUGCUGGAGCUAGUCGACACAGCGGACAGCAGUACACGGCGCACUAUCAGGUGCCCUACGUACCGCAUCAGAGCCGCAGUCAGGGAUAUGAAGGAUACUCUGCUAGCAAUGUGCGUCACAACAGACCAAGGUAGUACUAGACACAAACCUGGCAGUCUGUUUCAUCAUUCCUCAGAGGGCAUGGAACUCUUAAACAACCAGU